AUGGAAGAUGAUCAAAUCAGCGGAGACGAUAUCGACAUGAAGGACCUGAACCCAAGGCAGUUACAGCUGUUCGUUAAACUUCUCAAUGGUGAAACUUUGUCGCUCCUAUUCCCAACCCUUCAAGUCCAAGUCGGCGAUGUCAAGCACCGAAUUCAGGAAUUUACCCAAAUCCCUUUCAAUUUCCAGCGACUGAUUCGCGGCCAUCAACUCAAGGACGAUUCGGUGAUUUCCCACUCCAACGCUACCCUCAACCUUUCCCUCCGGCUCCUCGGUGGCAAAGGAGGUUUCGGGUCUCUGCUGCGUGGCGCAGCCACAAAGGCCGGGCAGAAAAAGACAAGCAAUUUCGAGGCGUGCCGAGACAUGAGCGGAAGGAGGCUAAGGCAUGUAAAUGCCGAGAAGAGGUUGGAGGAGUGGAAAGCGGAGGAAGAACAGAGAAAGUUGGAGAAGAUCGCUGAAGACUUCAUAAAGAAGAAAGCAAAAACUGGGAAAAAAGGAGUUGGAGAUGGAGAGGCCGAGAAGUACGUAGAGAAGUACAGAGAGCAGUCGGCGAGGUGCGUGGCGGUGGUUGAAGAGUCCGUUAGGGCGGCCUGCCAAAAUGGAAAACGGAAGACAGUGCCGGGAGGAGCUGACCCCAAAAGAUUGAAGAUUUGGAUGGGAAAGAGGAAAGUGGAUGAGAGUGAUAGUGACAGUGAUUAUAGCAGUGAGGAUGAAGAUAAUGAGGAAAAUGAGAAAUCUGUAGUUUUGAACAAUGGGAAUCAUUCAGAUUCUAGUAAGGGAGCUGAGGGGAGUUCUGGUUCAGUUUUGGGGGGAAAACAGGAUAUAGACUUUUCAAUUGGAGUCUCAAGUGGUACUGGUUCUGAGGAAGAGAAGGAGGUUGUUCUGCAUCGAAGCUCGGAAUCUUGUGAAGAUGUUGAUGCCAUGGUUGAAGCAGAUGUGAUUGCUGGGAGUGAAGCAGCUCAUCCUGAGAUGCCAGAACAAAAUGGAACUAAAACUCAAAAUCAAGAGGAAAUAGUUAGUCAAUGUCUCAGUGCUGAUCCGGUUGCGGAAAAUGGAGUUGGAAGUGAAUUGAUUGAUGGACUUAAUUGUUCUUCUAUCCCAAAACCAGAAGUUCACAAAGACACAUUAGUUUCAAAUGUUAAUGCUACAGAACCAGAAAAUCCAUUGAACUUUGAUGACUUUAAUUCUUCUGCAGAGAUGGAGGUUCUUGGAUUGGAGCGGUUGAAAUCUGAACUGCAGUCACGUGGGCUAAAAUGUGGGGGUACUUUGCAAGAGCGAGCUGCUCGUCUGUUCCUGCUAAAAUCUACCCCUUUAGAUAAGCUUCCAAGGAAGCUGCUUGCGAAGAAGUGAAAAGCUAUGUAGUAGGCUAAGGCUUCAUAUCACCUCAUAGUGUAUUGCUAAGGAGUGUUCCUUUUUGUCAAACGGAGAAAUGUAUAUAUUUCUUUCGCUUCUGUUCAAUAUUGUAUAAGUUGGUUCUUGUAAGCUAAAACUCUGUUAGCUAUGAGGGGAUAUUAACUAAUGGUCUCUGUAAGUUACACUUCGCCUAAACUGAAUUUUGAGAUUUGUGGAAUGAUAAUGGUGAUAAGAAUGUGGUGUUUUAGCUAA